GCUGCGGGCGGAAAGAGGGAGGGGGCCAAUCCUCCGCCCUGGCCUGGCCACGGGGCCAGCCGGCCCGCCGCGACACAGGCGCCAGCCACAAGCGGGAGCUGGGAGCUGGAGCCAAGUACUGAGGGCUGGGGAGCCAGGCCUGGUUCCCACCAUGAGUGCAGAGCUUAAUGUGCCCAUGGAUCCCUCCACCCCUGCCUGCCCUGAGCCCGGCCACAAGGGCAUGGAUUACCGCGACUGGGUCCGGCGCAGCUACCUGGAACUGGUCACCUCCAACCACCAUUCGGUGCAGGCGCUGUCCUGGAGGAAGCUGUACCUGAGCAGGGCCAAGCUGAAAGCCUCCAGCAGGACCUCCGCCCUCCUCUCUGGCUUCGCCAUGGUAGCCAUGGUGGAGGUGCAACUGGAGACACAGUACCAGUACCCGCAGCCCCUGCUCAUCGCCUUCAGUGCCUGCACCACGGUGCUGGUGGCCGUGCACCUGUUCGCUCUGCUCAUCAGCACAUGCAUCCUGCCCAACGUGGAAGCCGUGAGCAACAUCCACAACCUCAACUCCAUCAGCGAGUCACCGCACGAGCGCAUGCACCCCUACAUCGAGCUUGCCUGGGGCUUCUCAACCGUGCUGGGCAUCCUGCUCUUCCUGGCUGAGGUGGUACUGCUCUGCUGGAUCAAGUUCCUCCCCGUGGAUGCCAGGGGCCAGCCAGGCUCCCACAGCCACACAGGCUGGCAGGCCGCGCUGGUAUCCACCAUCAUCAUGGUACCCGUGGGUCUCAUCUUUGUGGUCUUCACUAUCCACUUCUACCGCUCGCUGGUGCGGCACAAGACCGAGCGCCACAACCGUGAGAUCGAGGAGCUGCAUAAGCUCAAGGUGCAGCUGGAUGGGCACGAGAGGAGCCUGCAGGUGGUGUGAGGCCUGUCCAGGAUGGCACAGUUUGCAGGAGAGUGACCCUCAGGCGGUGUUAGCCACCGUGCCGCCGACAGGAGUAGCCAGGGGGCUGCCAGGCAAACCCUGGCUUCAUGAGAACCACCACAGCAUCGUAAGCGCCACAGUGGGCUUGCUGAGCAGACUGCACAGAUGCUGCCCUGAUUCUUCCAUACUCCUCGGAUGCAUGAGGGUCUAAAGGGGUGAGGAUACAACCAUCUUAUCACACAGGCCAGAGGAGGAAACAGGGUCACGUGGCCCUGGGGACUUACUUCCUGGAUCAGGGACAAGCUGAAAACACCUUGUCCUGGGAAAGGGGUCCCACCACACCAGAGGUCACAGUAAAUCUCAGACAUCUGGGCCUUGUGAUUGGCAGCCCAGCUAGAGGACUGGGGUUCAGUCAGUAGCUUGUGUAGUGUGCAGGAAGCUCUGGGUUCGCACCCCAGCACCACGUAGCCGGGUGUGGUCAUCCCAGCUGCAGGGAAGUGGAGGAGGAGGACCAGGAGCUCGAAGUCGUCCUCUGCUACAUGGUGAGUUUGAGGCUGUGUGAGAUGCUGUCAGAGGCGUGCACAUGCAUACAUGUGAGCACGCACACACACAAAGGCAUGCACAUGCAUACAUGUGAGCGCGCGCGUGCGCACACACACAGAGCAGGCUGCUGGAGAGGGCAGAGAUGAGCCCAAGGCUGGCACAAGGGUAACAUGGCUUGCAAUGACACACAGGGAAAUGGAGACUGAUCUAUGUAUGGUUCAGCUUGGUGCUUUCCUCCAGCUCUGGAGAGUAUCACGAGGUGUCCAGGAUCCUGGGGCACGCACAGCUCAUCAAGGGUAACACAUACCGUUAUUGGAAUCCGGGUUGCCUGGUCAUAGAGGCUUGGCAGGGUUGAGGAAAAAUGUCCUAGAGUCCACCACCAGCGGCUCACUGAAGUCAGAGAUGGUGACACACACCCCACACACAGCAGGCUCUCCCACCUCCUAGUCACAGAACGGGCCUGAACCGGCCAGCUCUGUGGACUCCGUCAACACAGUGAGCAGCAGCUGGGUGAUGGUGGCGCACGCCUUUAAUCCCAGCACUUGGGAGGCAGAGGCAGGCGGAUCUCUGUGAGUUCGAGACCAGCCUGGUCUACAAGAGCUAGUUCCAAGACAGACUCCAAAACCACAGAGAAACCCUGUCUCGAAAAACCAAAAAAAAAAAACAAAAAACAAAAAAAAACACAGUGAGCAGCAUCUCAGAGACUGGGCAGCUCAGCUCCCUUGCUGCCUGUGGUCCCUAGACACUGAGAGGAUAAACUGAAGGGGUUUCCUGUUUCAGCACAGCAGUUUGCCUGGUCUGGCCUGUGGGUGGGGCAGGGGCCUGCGCCAGCCUAACAUGAGCGGAUAUUCCUUGUGAUAGCCCAGUUAACUGCAGAGAAGAACAGAACUCCACACUGCUGUGGCCCUGCCAGGACUCUCAGUGCAGGUCCCUGCCCCCAUGUUUGCACAGCUGUGCAUGAAUUUGGCAUUGUCACUACAGGCAUCUGGCGACCCAGCUGGUGUUGUCCAUGUCCUGCGGUACAGCACCAGCUUGCGUGGGAACUGCUGGGACACCCUGUUUACCCACGUCUGCAGCAUCACCCGGACUGGGCUCCUGCAAGGAGUCUAUAUUUGGUGCUGUGGGAGCCUGGAGACCCGCCUGGGGUUUCUGGAAAUGGGUCACACUGUUGAGCAUAGGCUUCCGCACACAGAGGGCCUGGGGGAGCCUCUCUGAGAAUCUUCCUGUAAACUGUGACAUCUUUGGGGAACUAGGACACCAUGUCCUGUCCUUCAAAGCUGUGUCCUUCAACACCCUCCACCUCUGCAGACAUGUCUUGAGACCCUUGAGGUCUUGCAUCUCUGCUUUCCUGGGGUCUUUGGGAAGGGCAGCUUAGUUUGAUUUGUUUUGCUGAAGAAUGCUAGUCAUGAACAGGCGCGAUGGCUCAGUGGGUAAAGGCACUUGCCACCAAGCCUGGAGACCUGAGUUCACUCUCCAUCCUCGGAACUACACACAAAUAAGUAUAGUAAGGAGAAUAAUUUACAAUUAGAAUCACUGUAAGAUGGCACAUGAGUCCCAACAGGGAAGACAAGAUGAUCUUUUGGAAUGAGCAGCUCCCACUGCUGGGCACCUCUUGGACCACCAUGUUGAAGGCUGAGGAUGUCGCUCAGUGGGUGGUCUGUUUGCCUGGCAUAACAAAGCCCUGGGUCCGAUAUCUAGUGCCACAUAAACCAAACAUGGACAUGGCAGGACGCAUCUGCAAUCCCUGUAUUCAGGAGGUACAGGCUGGAGGAUUGAUGGGGAGUUCAAGGUCAUAAUGAGGUCAAGGUCAGCCUGGGCUGGUCAGAGUUUGUAUGGGGGGUGCUGAGCAGACCAGAGUUCAAUUCCCAGCAUCCACAUAGGGCAGCUCACAACUGCCUGAAACUCUGGCCUCUGCAGGCACCCACGUGUAUACACACAUACACAUACAAAAUGAAAAGGUAGUUCCUGUGGACAUUGGACCCGUCCUUCCCACCCACUUUCUGAGAGCAUCUGGUGCUCACGGCAGUGUAGAUCUCCUGUGGUCCCUCAUGCUGUCCCUUCCUGUCUUCUCAGUCUUCCAGUGCCGGGGCAGGGGACAGCCGUCUGUGUGUGAACAGUGGCAGAAGUCAGCAGCGCAGGCUGAAGGCGAGACAUUCACUUUCUGGAGGCAUAACCUGUUUUCAGACAUUGCUCUAACCACAGUGGGCCCCCUGGGGCCUGCACAGGCUUGCCCUAAUUUCGUCUGUCCAAGAUGCAGCCCUUCCUAGUGCUCAAGGGACCGGUGUCCUCAGACACACCAAGGCCCUUCCCAACAUGGCAUACGGUCUCCCGGUACCCUUGACCACAAAGUCUCCAAAAUCCAAGCAUUUCCAUUUAAGAAACUUCAAAGGCAGAUUGUGAUUAGCGUCUUCCGGAAAGGUCUACUGAGAACAAGCUACAGGAGCCCAGAGAGCCCAAGACUUCCUCUGUGCCACCAUUUCUACAGGACACUGUAGGUAAAGCCUGCCCUGUGUGUGGAGUUUUUAGCAGUUGCCCUGGAUUGAACUGAAUAAAUUGAUACCGCUUU